UGCAGGUACACUUGAACCUGAUGAACGCCAUGUCAACAAUUUAGGCCUACUGCAUCGUCAUCUGUUGACAAAUCGACGGCGCCCGUCGUGCCUGUGAGUCGUCUGGGGAAACCAUGCGCAUUUUUGCAUCAUUCUUUCGGCUAGAUUCCCCUUUUUAAUUUCAGUUGAUGACUUCAUAAUCAUAUGCCGUGGUCGUGAUAUCAUCUAUGAAAAUCCAAGCCUUAAUAAGCGAACUUUUAGUCUAAGGACUAAUGCACCACGAGGAACUGAUACAUUUUCGCGUCAUCGUUACUAGAAAUAAGGUAUAUUAGCAAAAGAUGGAAAUAGUAGAUUAUGUGACUGGUCUAGACGUCAAGACGGUAGCCGUUGCCACCCUGGCAUUUCUUCUAGCCAUGGUGUAUCUAAGACGGAGGAAGGGAAAUCUACCACCUGGACCCAUGCAAGUGCCUUUUCUAGGAAGCAUUUUUGCUCUCAAUAAGGAUGUUAGACUGUUCAAGGUGUGUGAAGAACUGGCAAAAACAUAUGGUGAAAUGACAACAAUUAGCUUAGGGUUGGUACUGGAUAAGCUUGUCAUUUUGAACUCUGCAGAUGUGGUUCAUGAAGCCUUGGUAGAGAAGAAAGAAAUAAUGGCAGGAAGAGACACAACUAUUUGGUCAUUUGGCUACAUCUCUGAAGGGUUUAAAGAUAUAGCAGUUGGUGACUUUGGUCCAACAUGGAAGCUUCAAAGAAAAUUGGCACUUAAAGCUAUCAGGACAUACACCAUGGGGACUAAGUUGGAGCAACUAUUGAAGUCCUCCUACAGUGAUGUGGCAGCUUUAUUGGAGAAAGAGAAAGAACCUUUUUACUUUGGGGAGUACAUCCAUUUAAUGUUGUACAACAUUAUCUGCAGAAUGGCAUUUGGGAAAAGCUACAAAAUUGAUGACCCCGAGUUUCUUCAGUGGAGAAAAUUACUAACCUUGCUGGUGGAAGAUUUCUUCCAAAGUUUUCUUCCACCAGAUUUGCUCCCUCUGCUGGAGCAUGCACCAAUAAAAAGAGUAGCUGCAUAUAAAGAGUGUGUCAAGGAAUUGCAUGGAUUAGCCUAUAAGAAACUGAAAGAGCACAAGGCAACUUUUGAUCCAGAUGCUCCACGUGACCUAAUGGACCAGCUGCUUUUAGCACAAAAAGAGUCUGAAGAGGAGGAAGGUGAAGAUACUAAGAACUUGCUGACAGACACACAUGUUGUGCAGACUGUAUUAGAUGUGUUUUUUGCUGGAACAGAAACCUCCUCAGAAACCCUGAAAUGGACACUUAUGUAUACAGCAGCUUAUCCAGAUGUUCAGGAAAAGAUGCACAAUGAAAUAUUGGAUGUUUUAGGAGACAGUGAUGACCUUCUCAAAAGCAAAUCCAAGUUAACAUACUGCGAUGCUGUUUUGCAUGAAGUUAUGAGACUGAGGCCAGUGGUCCCAAUGUCUCUGUUUCACAAAGUCCUGCAAGAUACAAAACUGAGAGAAUACGAUUUGCCGAAGGGAACCAUUGUCACUCCAAACAUAUGGGGAAUACACCAUGAUCCGGCUAACUGGGAUUCACCAGAGGAAUUCAGACCAGAAAGGUUCUUAGAUGAACAUGGCAACAUACAUGUGGAUUCUAAGAUAUGGCUUCCAUUCUCCAGUGGGAAGAGAAAAUGUCUUGGGGAAGCCCUGGCCAGAUCUGACAUAAUGAUGAUCAUGGCUUUGUUUUUCCGGGACUUCAAAGUGAGCUUUCCACCCAAUGUUACAGGAGACUUCGAACCUGCAGAUAAAAUCAUUGACUGCCACUGUAAACGUCAGAAACUGGUUAUUGAAAAGAGGAAAGACUAGAAUUACAUAUUAUACUAUGAAAUAUAUAUAUAUAUAUAUAUAUA